AGAACAUUGCACACGUGCGGAAGUGGUGGGCUGUGUUGAUUCGUGAAUGUGCUCUAAAGAAAUGCAUUUUCCAACGUUGGCAUCCUGUUGAUUUUUAGCCAUCCCUAUUGCAUGACCGUCCACCUCGGAGAUAUUAUGUCCUUAUUCGUCGUGAAGAGGUAUUCUGGUGAAGAUGAAGGAGGAAAUAUCUCAAAGGAGUCCCGCUCUCUGGCACUGCUUGCUAAGUUGCAACAGAAGGCAAACCAAAGGCAGAGACAAAGUUUGACCAAACAAAAAGAAUUGGAGUAUGAAGAACAGACAGAGCAGCAUGAUGCCAAAAGGAAAAGGAGGGCUGAUAAAAGCAGCAACCCAGACCAUCAGCACUGCAAAAAGAAGAAGCCUUUGCCUUUGUGUGAUUUAGACUCCAAUAAUCGAAAUGUUGAAGACCAAGAAAAGGAAAAGAGAGUUGCAUGUGAGCUCCAGAAGAAUGAGGAUCAUUUGGGAAAGUCCACUGGAAGCAUUUCCCUUAGGGGUAAAGGAGGUGCAGGGGAGAAUAAAGCAGGUCAAGAGUUGGAAGAAAGCUCAGAGAAAGCUUCUGCGUGUACUGGAUUCACUUUUCUUGGAGGAUUUGAGAGCAAACCUGUUCAAAAGGUGAACGCAGUCCUGCCCCACUGGCUUAUUGAGCCCCAUGUGAUUCGGAGAGAUAUUAAAAACAACCUGGUUCCUGUUUCCGACAUCUCUGGGAUUUGUGCUCAGCUCCUUAAAAAACUGCAGAACAAUGGCAUUCACCACUUCUUUCCAGUGCAGGCAGAGGUAAUUCCAGCCAUUUUGGAAGGUGCACGACAUGGACUGCUGAUUGGUGAAGGAGGCUACAGACCCAGAGACAUCUGUGUGUCUGCACCGACGGGCAGCGGGAAGACGCUCUCCUUUGUCCUACCUGUAAUACAGGUCCUGAUGGGGCGAGUGGUGUGUGAAGUCCGGGCUUUGGUCGUGUUGCCCACCAAGGAGCUCGCUCAGCAGGUUUACAGAGUCUUCUCAGCAUAUGCAGAAGGAACGGCUCUGAAGGUGAUGAUGCUGGCGGGGCAGAAGUCCUUUGCUGCAGAGCAGGCCUCACUCUCAGAGCACAGGGGGGGUGUGCGGAGGAGUGCUGCGGACAUCGUGGUGGCUACCCCGGGCCGGCUGGUGGAUCACAUCAACAAGAACUCCGCCUUGAGUCUGGAACAUCUGCGGUUCCUGAUCAUCGACGAGGCUGACAGGAUGAUUGACAGCAUGCACCAGUCCUGGCUCAGCCAGGUGCUAACGGCCGUGUUUGCGGCCGGUCUGUCCCCAGCCCAGAUGCCCCUGCAGAAGCUGCUGUUUUCGGCCACGCUCACGCAGAACCCCGAGAAGCUGCAGCAGCUGGGGCUGCACCAGCCCCGCCUCUUCAGCUCCAUCCACAGUCCCAGCUCAGAGCCCCCCCCCACACAGCAGCGCUUCCACCUGCCCCAGGGCCUCACAGAGUACUAUGUGCCCUGCACCAUGAGCAAGAAGCCCCUCCUCAUCCUCCAUUUCAUCCUUCAUCUGAAGCUCUGCCCCAUCCUCUGCUUCACCAACUCCAGAGAGACGGCACACAGGCUGUUCCUGCUGCUGCGGCUGUUCCCCGGGACUCAGGCCGCUGAGUUCUCCUCCAGACUCUCUCCGGGGGAAAGGAAGAAGACACUGAGAGACUUUGAGCAAGGAAAGAUCACGUUGUUGAUCAGCACAGACGCGGCUGCCAGAGGCCUGGACGUCAGCGGGGUCAAAUGUGUGGUCAAUUACGACGCUCCCCAGUACAUCAGGACUUACGUCCACCGGGUUGGCCGAACAGCCAGAGGAGGAAAAGCAGGAAUGGCUUUCACCUUUCUGCUGAGAGUCCAGGAAAAGGAGUUCCUCCAGAUGCUGCAGGACGCCGGGAGCCCUGGGGUUCAGAAACACGUGAUCAAACCCGAGAGCCUGAAGGGGAUGGAGGUUCAGUACGAGAAAAUACUCCAACAACUGGGGGACAUCAUCAAGGAUGAACAAGCUCGAUAACUGCCGAGUCUUUCCCCUGAUCUGAUUGGACAUCUGCAUUUGGAGUGUGUAUUUCAGUUGUGUGAUGAGUAAAAUGUGUCUGUGCUCACUGAAAUCAUUCGAGUUGCUUCAUUUCCCAAAGAAAUGAAUAAAUGUCCUGAAGUUACUGAAUUUGGGGUGAGGCUCUCUUUGAUAUGGGGCCAUUUUCCCCGGUCAGCAACUCUUCUGACAUCUGACCCGAUAUGUUGAAAGAGCCAUAUUGGACCCAAAAAAAAAAAACCCAAAAUGUCUGGAGCUGUAAAAAAGCCUUCUAAUGAAGGCAACACAUGC